AUGUGGGAGGCGAGGCCGAAACCGGAUGUCGUCAGCUACAACGCUGUGAUCAACGCGUGCGGGAAGGACGCACAGUGGCAGCGGGCUGUGGCGCUGCUGAGUGAGAUCAGGGAGGCGAAGCUAGAGCCAACUGCGAUCAGCUACAGCGCUGGGAUCAGCGCGUGCGAGAAGAGCGUGCAGUGGCAGCGGGCUCUGGCGCUGCUGAGAGAGAUGCUGGAGGCGAAGCUGGAGCCCAACGUCAUCAGCUACAGCGCUGGGAUCAGCGCGUGCGAGAAAAGCGAGCAGUGGCAGCGGGCUCUGGCGCUGCUCCGCAGAAUGCGAGAGGCGACGCUGGAGCCAACCUCAGCUACAACGCUGGGAUCAGCGCGUGCGAGAAGGGCGAGCAAUGGCAGCAGGCUGUGGCGCUGCUAA